GAUUCGAUCCAAUCCAGCAGGGAGAGAGUGUGAGAGAGAGAGCCAUAGCAUAGGAUAGGCCAUAGAACACACGGCGUGCAAUCUGCAGCAGUCGCGCAGUCUGUCUCCUCUAAGCUGGAGUUCGCUCGAGCGAGCUGCUGCUCCAAGAUGGAUGCUGCUGACUACUCGGCUUGGUGAAUUAUUAUUUUUUUCGCAGUCAGCCGCACGUUUACCGUGCAUACCUGUGCGUGAGUUCGGUUACGUUUACGCGCCUACCUCGCGGAGAGGUGAAUCGACGGACACGGGGGGCAGCAUGACAGUGGCAGCAGACGGAAGGGCGAAAGCAGCAUCGGCGGCGAGUGCUUACACUACUACCUGCAGAGCGAAAGAGCUGCGAUAACACGGAUGAGAUUGUUGCAUGCACAGCAUAGGUGUAGAGAGAGAGAGAGAGUUGUGGUGAUUCGCGUGUGCAGAGCGAGCAUCGAUAUCUCAUGCGAAUGAUAUGAGAGAAGAGCCCGCUGAUACCAGAAUGCUGCCAGCGCAUCCUCGAUUAUUAUGAAACAAGGGAGCUGCUCGCUGCUGGGAAAAUGGUCGAUAACAAUUGCAUUAUCGAGGGAAACGUCAAAUUCCGCGAUGGCAAGAAGUGGAAGUCACGCUGGUGUGUCAUGCGGAAGCUGUCCCCGGUCGCAGACUGUCUGCAUCUGCAACUCUACGGGGAUAGCAAGGAUAGGUACAAACAAGCGCAGACCAAGGCCUCGCUGAGCUUGGAGCAUUUUCUUGGGGUGCAGAGCGGCUUUACGCUGGACAAAGAGUCCAACACUAUAGCUAUCAUCUGCCAAGAUGUCACUGUUGUUCUCGCAUUCGACACGCGCGAGAGACUUAUGCAAUGGCAGGUCAAGAUAUCCAACAAUUUGGGCGAAGAUCAAGAGUUCCUGGUACUGAUAUCGAGCGUGCCGGCCAAGGCAAAACUGAGCACCGGACCGGCCCAUCUGCACGUGCAGGAGCAGCGCUUCUGCAUGACGGCGGGUCUUCCGCCUCGGCUACUAGGCAUUUGGCAAAUCGGCCAGUUACGUCGCUACGGCGUCGUAGAGGGUCGCUUUUGCUUCGAGGCGGGAUCGCGCUGCGCCCGCGGAGAGGGGCUCCACGUUCUCAUCAGCGAACAUGCCCACGAAAUUGAGCGGGCCCUCCAGUUUGCAGCCGAGGGUAAACUCUCGACGAGACCGCGACGUCGACCAGGACUGUCUUCGACCAUCUCCGGCUCGGUUGCUCCGAUUCCGAAUCUCGCCUCGGAGCUGCUUCGCCCCGAUCUCGACCAGUCCAUCUCGACGACCUCCUCUUCGUCCUCGUCCUACUGGUCCUCCCUCGAGAGCCGGCACCAGACUUCGACUCCGUCUUCGUCUCUGGCUCUUGCUCCGACUCCGGCUUCUUCGGCCAUACCGACGUCCGAGAGCUCCGACUGCGACGGCGUGAUGAAACAACAGCACGCCUGCCUCGACCGCUGCUCCAGCUGCAUCUCCAAGCUCGGCGCGAUGUCCAAGUCGUCGACGACCGUGAGCUCCCAGCUGCAACCGCGUGCGACGCCCUUUGAUCGGCUCUCGCUCUCCUCCUACAGCAGUAGCAGCCACGACAGCGAUUACUCGGGUUGCUCGCCCCAACCAGUUCAGGUCCAGAGCCAGCCGGCUCCCGCCCCUGCUGCCUGUCCGAGUCCACUGACUCUGCCUCCAAGGCCGCCUCUCAAGCCCCCAUCUACGGCCAAGCCGCCCAUGCCACUGCCAAGUUGCAGCUGCAACACUGUUCGCCGCAGCGCUGCUAGUGUCGGGAGCAUCGGCAGUAUUAGUAGCAGCAAUUGCUACGAUAACUACGACGUGCCCAAAGCGAUCGGCCAGCUGCCGGCGACUAUCGAGCCGCAGCAGCAGCAGCAGUAUUACGACACGCCACGUAAAAUUAAGGAGUGUCUGACAACACAGCCGGUAGUCUAUCCGAACUAUGACACGCCCCAUCUGCCCCAAGCAGUGCGUCUACAACAGUGCGGAUGUCCUGCCAAGCUCAACAAGAGUUUGGCCUCUUGUCCUUGUCACAACGUCAUGAGCUGGGCCGGCUUUGUCCUGCCGUAUUGUCGACGGGGUGCCGGCGUCGAGCUUCACACGGUCCAGCCCGUACGAUUGUCCGGCGAAGGCAAGAUGCCCGUAGUCAACUCGGCCAGCGGUCAGCUGAGCAUAUACAAUAAUUGCAACUCAAGCAGCACAAACAUUACCGAAGCUAGUCAAAACGAGUGCCCUCUGCAUCCCUCCACCGAGAGCGCCAACUCCUCGCUGCAGUCCAAUUAUGAGAACGUCGAGCCGGUCAUCGAUACCCAGCCGGAGCCGGCGGCCAAGCCAGUAAAUAACUACGUCAACAUCGAUUUCACCGAGUCUCUUGGAAACUACGAGAAUAGUAAGGACCUCCUUUCCAAGAUUGCUACCAAUAAUCUCGGCGAACAACGUGCUGCAGACCAGUUCACCCAGUCGAGUCAAGAGCAAACGUCGUCGGAGGUGGCAUCCACAGCCACAGAUUCGGAACACGAGAACACCGAGGGAAAGGAAACGCCAUCCAGUGUCUGUCAAAAGUGCGGUCACUUUAAAGGUUCGAGUCAGGACUAUCUGAUUGUGGACGAGGAAGAAGAGCUUAUAAAGAAGAAAAAGCCAGUUCCGGGAUAUCUGCCAAUGCAGCCUGCGCACAAUGCUUGCUCCAAGGAAGUGCUAUCCAGGCUGUGCACCGGCAUCAAAAGCUCGAGCAAUCCUGCGCUAUCGGCUUCUUCGUCGGGACUCGAAUCCAACAGAAAGAGGUCCGAAUCCGAGUAUCGUGUUCCAGGUUCGGCGAUGCUUUCUAGUCCCUACUUCCGACGUCGUCUCCUGGAAAUAUCGAGCUCCGAAACUGGCGCCAGCUUGAAUAUGCUCUUACGCAAGAGGUCCUACUCAGCCGAGUCUGCUCACUACUUGGACGACGAGAAAAAUUCCUUCACGCCAGCUGUUCCGAUUCACAAGUGUCCCAGUGAUACGGAUAAAGUCUUAGCGAGCAGACAGCUCAGUGCAAACUCGGUAGACAUCCAGGUGAACCAGAUAAGCUCUGACACCUUAUCUCCUCAAGCCACUCUAUCUUCCAUCAAGAUUCGUCGAUCUUCUUCGGUACCUUCCAAAACUGGCCACAAUCGUGACUCUUCGAGCAGCAACGAUUCCGGCGUCUCGACCGGAUCGCUGAGCCACCGCACUGCCGAGUUCGUCGAAUUCGAGUCUCCGACUACUGCCAACUCGUUGUUGAUGAAGAAACAAAGUGUUCCUUUGAUGUAUCGAAAGAGUCCUCCGCCUGCCUGUUUUCACAGUAGCUUACCAAGAAAGUCCAAAUCUACCGAUCCAUUGAGAGAACUGACUUUUCAAUUUCAUAAAGUUAAGCUGCCAACCAAAUCGUCGUCCGCUGAAGCUGACAUACCAACUUGUUUACCGCCAAAAGUACACAAGGAGUUCAGCAGUCCCAGUGAAGUGACGACUGCACCCUACAUUGAUUCCCGGAGUACAAGUAGCGGCACAUCAGAUAUGUCUGACUACAUAGAAACGCUAUCACUUUCCUCUCACUCUUCUUCAGACGCUCCCGAUAAUCUUCGAAUUGGCGGCAGAGCUGUGACGACAACCUUGCGUCCUCGUAGUGGAAAAGAAUAUUACAAAAUUGAUCGAAGUAUUUUGGUAGAACAGGGUCGAACCAUUAGCACCUCAUCGAAUUGCGCCAACGUUACACCAUUAGUAAGAAAGGAGACCCUCCGUCAUCCAGUUACAUGAAUGGUAAGACUAUAUAAGGACAUUGAAAUAGCCAAUAGGAAAUCAUCGAUCUAUCGGAAUUUACCAAAAGAAUCAUUUCGUCGUGAAUUCGUACUUUUACUUUUAAACUUAAUCCUGCGAUGGGUUUAAUCGAACCUGAUUUUGUCUUUGAGAUUCGCAAAUUUUUUAAUUGCAAUUUCAGAGCACAAAGAUUCACCUAACGGAUUUAUAAAACAUCGAACUUCUUGACGGGGAAUUUGUAAGCGCAGUUGUACAACAAGUUCGCGCAACUAUUUUAAAAUAACUUUAUGUAUGAAUUUAGCCUGUAGAGCAAGAGUAUUUGUAGAUUGUGCAAGUUUCCUAGUUCUUAAAUAUCCAAAGUUAUGUCUAAGCACAAAAGCUAUUCAAAGACUAUCGAAUCAAAAGUAAUAGAGCAAUUUCUAUUCUUCUCCAUAAUCAGCGUAUUUAUCAAACAAAUCAAACGAGCUAUCAAAUAAGACUUGUGUACAUUAAACACGAAAAAAGACUUGUACAAAAUUAUUAAAACAUAGGUCCGAAUUUUUUAAUGCAAAUAUAGUCGUAAACUUUUUUUAUGGGGUUAAACAGCUGUUGAUAUUAUAUAUGAUCAAGUAAAAGCAAAGUACUAAAGCAAAUCUACAUAUAAUGAGUUACGAAAUGUUUUUUUUUUUACAAAAUAAUAGUCAGUUCGACUUUUUUUAUCUCUCAGCAAUACAAUUACUGUAAAGUGUUAACGCCAAGAUGAUGAUGGUGAAGAAAUAUAUUUCGCUAAAAUUAGAGAUAAAAAUGAGUUUCAAACGUCAUUAUCAAGUAAACUGAAAAGGGAAAAUAUAUAAUUAUACGCGUACACUUUUUUAUUUAUCUAUUUUUAGAGUAAAAGCCUAAACUAUGUAUAUUACAGAUCUCGUAAGUUAACUUAAAAAAACUUUACUUGUGAGUCCAAAACUUUAAACUAUAGCAAAUGAAAGAAGAAACAAUAUAGGCGACGAAGAAAUGUGCAGCUUUUUUAUACUUUAGAAAAUGAAAAGUGUUCACGAGUUGGUUGCGACUGCUCGAGAUGCAUCAUGUGAUGCAUAGAGUUUAGCUACUAUGUGCAGGAAUGAUUUUACAAUUAACCUUGAACCUUAUUUUACUAUAAUCACCAGGCCGUAUUGCAGCAAGCAUUUUGAAUUGCUAUUUAGAAUUCGCGUUCUUUUAGCUAUUUUGUCUAAAUUAUCUAGAUACUAUUUGACUGAUGAAACAAACCUCCCUCCAUUUGUAUACAAUGUUGAAACCCCAUUCCAUAUUUUACACAUUAGUGCAAUUCGCAAAUUUUAUUUUUAGUUUUUAAGCAUACAAUAUAUUCGAAAUUAUGCACUCGGCGUAGGAACUUAAAGAAUUUUAUUCGGUUAAUUGAAUUCCGAUAAGAAUAGAACGGCAUAGUUCACCAUUGAGUCAUUGAUUAACAAUUUUAUGAUUAGAAAUACACGAAAACCAACAGAUUUACAUUUACAUAUUCGAAAAUGUAGAUCUGUUCCAACUUUUUUUUAUGCUUUUUCUUAACUUACUUAUAAAUAUUACAGAACUGCAAGAUCAGAUUAUAAUAUUUGUUAUGCUGAAAGAAAUACUUAUCCUUCAAUGUGAUUUGAUACUUGCAGUUGUAUUGCUAGUGAAGAAAAACCAAAUGCAUGCUUAUUACAAUUAAGAAAAAAACUAUAAUUUUUUUUAUUCAAGUAGCAAGUGCUUUCAAUCAUAUUAUCUUUUGAUUUUUAUCAAGACUUUGUUUCCUCGUGUUAGGAUGAUUCAUCCCGCAUUAUUGUGUAGGAAUUCUCCCUCAUCUCACUGUUUAUUGUGUUAUCUUUAUUUUAUGAUUUUUUGGGUGAUUUUUAGCCUGCCAUAAACUAUACGUUACGUGUUUUACAGACUUCAGCUCAAGUAUUAAAUACGCAAGCGAGCAAUGCCGUAUUAUCAAUUGUCAAGGAAAUGACUGUAGACAUUUUUUAAAAUUUAUUUUUUCUAAAAUCGUUAAAAAAAAUCGCGAUUUUAAUGACGACUACGAUUUUUUAAAAAUUAGAGGUAAAAAAUGCAUAUAAUCGAAAUAGACUCGAAGUUUAUUUCAAUGAAGCAUAUAAUUUUACCUUCAAGGCAGACAUAAUUUAGUUGAUAUUUAUUACCAUGUUCACUAAGAGCUCAAAAAGGUGCCAAAGAAUGUCUUCUUGUGAGAUUAAAAAUUAUUUAACAUCGCCCAAAUUGUCAUGUUCAAUCAGGAUGAUAGAAUUCUAAAUCAUAUUGCUACACACAACGCAAGCUUAUUGCAUCAAUAUAUUUUAUAGAAAAUGGAUUCGUUAGUCUUUAUGAAUAAGUAAAUUGUAUAUAUAAUAUAUAUGUAUGUAUUUAUUGCGAGCAGUGACAGCGUCAAUUAUGCUUUUGCAAAAAGAAAUAUUUAAAAAGAAAACAUUCCAGGUUAUGCUUGGAAAGUGGAAGGCCUAAUCAUAAAGCAAUCAAAUUAUUCAUAAUAGUACUAAUCGAUUUUAUUUUAAUCUUAUGAAGAUACCAAUGCGCAAUUUGUAAAAUAUUUGUUUCAUAACUUGUGAUCACAUCCUAUUUUGCGUUUGACAAUUACAGAAACAUACAUAUUGUACAAAUAUUUUUCGAAACUAUUGAUUCAUCAAUCAUUCGCCAUAUAUGACUUGAGUUAUAUGACUUAAGUAAAUUAAUGCGCACAAUUUAUACUUACUGCAACUGUUUUAAUGAAGAAUAUUUUAUUAUUUUUAUUAGCAAGACUUUAUUCGUAUGUGGUAUUUUUGUUUUUAUAAGAUGAUUGAACGUUGAAUAAUUGUUGCAGUACUGUAUGCACAAAUUUUUAAAACUAAGAAUUCCAAUCACGCACAAGAUUAUACAGGAAAACCAGUGUUAGUAUUGAAAAUUUCGAAACACUUUACGCGAAAUAAAGUGGGAAAUGCGAAAUCGAUAGAAGAAACUGGAGUAAAUCACGUGGCCUAUUAUUAUUUAUUUUUAACGUGGUAAAGACUUAACUACGGUGAAUAUUAAUUUUUUUGGUGUUAUAUUUCUGUUCUAAAUAUGAAUGAAAUGUUCUUUUUCAGUCAUGCUUAAAACUAUUGUAGAGUUAGCUCCAGUUUCUUCUGCGUGGUUAUAUUUGUAUGCUACUUAAUUAAUCAUUUUUAAGAAUUAAUUUUUACGAUACUUUUCUAAAUUUAUACAUGAAUUAGAUUCCUUGAACAAAAUGAUGACAAUUAUAAAAAUUAUGUAUGUACUUAAUGGGACAAUGAGUAUUAUAAAAAAAACGUGGGUAUUAAUAAAAAAUUGUACAAUGUGGUAUUGCGCGUAUUUAGUAAUGCGAUUUUCGUUUUUGCGAGGUUUUUGGCUAAAUUUUACAAUUUACAUGUAUACAAAUAUAUAAUAGACUUAUCAAAUUUGUAGACGUAGAAUAAUCACACAAAGACGAAAUCUAAUGUUAUCGUCUUCUACAACGAUAACACUAAAAGUCUGUCUGAAAUUGAGCUUAAAUUUCAAGAGGCACAACGUUUUUUAUCAAGAAACAAACGUAUACAAAAAAUAGCAAAGAAGAAAGUGAAAAUAAAGACUAGCGAUUUAUCAUCUAUCCCUCAUAUUUUUUUAUGAUACAAUGUGAGCGGGUAAUUUAAUUAUGACGUACCUAUCGUUUAUUAAAAUUGUGAAGCGGAUCUACUAUUGUAAGUUUUUCUAAAUAACAAAAUUCAAACGAGCGGGUAUAUAUAUACGUGUGUAUAUAUACUUAUACACAUGCGAUAUAUAGCAUGUAACAUAUAUUAUAAGUAAUAUAAUGAAAUCAUACACAAAUGUAGUAUUUCAAGUCUAAUAGAAUGGUAGUGGAAAUAAAAACGUUUUAAAAUAA